UGUUCAUUUUUCCAAUAAACCCUUGUGGAACAAGUAUAGGAUUCUCUGAAGUAUGAGAAUAAUGUGACCCAAGAUUGAUAAGUGCUAAAGGACAAAAACUCUUGCUGAGAUAUAAUGAGGGCAGCUUUGAGAUAUCUGAGCACAGAGUCCAGGCAGAGCAAGGAGGGGGUGUAUGAGAAGAUUGGGUGAUGCCCUGAAGGAGAUAGAAAAUCAGUGGGGAUAUAUUUUAUUUCAAGAAACUAUGCUCAUAUGGAUUUGAGGAACCACAGCACCAUCACCGAGUUCAUCCUCCUCGGGCUGUCUGCUGACCCCCACAUUGAGGCUCUGCUCUUUGUACUCUUUCUGGUGAUCUACCUCCUGACCCUGAUGGGGAACCUGGUGAUGCUGCUGGUGAUCAUGGCUGAUUCUCACCUCCACACACCCAUGUACUUCUUCUUGGGCAGUCUGUCAUUCCUGGACAUCUGUUUCUCUUCUGUCACUCUACCCAAGCUGCUUGAAGGCCUUCUGUCUGAGAAGAAAACCAUCUCUGUAGAAGGCUGCCUGGCUCAGGUCUUCUUUGUGAUUAUCACUGGAGGGACUGAAGCCUUUCUGCUUUCAAUGAUGGCCUAUGACCGCUAUGCUGCCAUCUGCCACCCACUGCUCUAUGGACAGCUGAUGAACAACCAGCUCUGUGUGAGGCUGGUGUUGACCUCAUGGGGCCUGGCCCUUCUCAACGCAAUCCUCAUUGUGCUCUUGGCUAUUAACCUGGACUUCUGUGAGGCCCAAACUAUAAAGCACUACGCCUGUGAGCUACCCUCUCUCUUCCCCCUGUCUUGCUCUGAUAUCUCCAUCAAUAUCAAUAUCCUGAUCUGUUCUACUUUACUGCAUGCGUUUGGAACCUUCCUCCCAAUCUUUAUCUCCUAUGCCCGUAUUAUCUCCACCAUCCUGAGCAUCAGCUCCACCACAGGCAGAAACAAGGCCUUCUCCACCUGUUCCUCACACCUCAUUGCAGUGAUCCUGUUCUUUGGUUCAGGUUUGGUUCGCUAUCUCAUGCCCACCUCUGGUUCCUCCCUUGAUUUGCUUACCUCCGUGCAGUACAGUGUGGUCACUCCCAUGCUGAAUCCCCUCAUCUACAGCCUAAAGAACAAGGAGGUGAAGACAGCUUUGAAAAGAACAUUGGGGAAAUAUUAUAUUUUAGCUAAUGAACAAAGAUAGUUAUGUCACAAAUUUGCAAAGACUGCGUUUCUCUACAUAAGC